AUGGCCGCGUCCGAGGACGGGAGCGGCUGCCUUGUGUCGCGGGGCCGCUCGCAGAGUGACCCCAGCGUCCUCACCGACUCCUCGGCCACCUCUUCCGCGGAUGCCGGGGAGAAUCCAGAUGAGAUGGACCCCGCCCUCCCCGCGCGCUCCGAAUAUCUGGUCUCAGGGACACGAACGCCCCCCGUGAGGAGGAACAGCAAGCUGGCCACCCUGGGCAGGAUCUUCAAACCCUGGAAGUGGAGGAAAAAGAAAAACGAGAAGCUGAAGCAGACGACAUCCGUGCUGGAGAAGAAGGCUGCUGGCCGGCAGGGUCGGGAGGAGCUCAUCAAGAAGGGGCUGCUGGAGAUGGUGGAGCAGGAUGCUGAGAGCAAGGUGGGCAGCCCUGGCGGAGGCCCCGGAGCCGCGCAGAGCGAGCCGCCCGCUCCCAGGCAGGAGGCCCAGGCUCCGGAGGAGGCCCAGCCAGGAAGGCCCCCGGCCGCCGGGACAGAGCAGGCUUCCCUGGACCGGCCGCUGUCCGUGGACAGCCACGUGGACGAUGCAGCCAAGACACCCUCGGCCUCCAGAGGUGAAGAAGCAGACGCUGCCAGCGGCCUUCCACCCUCCACGGAUGAGGCCGCCCCCCAAGCCUUAGCUGGGUCCGACUCCCUGGACAGCCCUCCCAGAACCUUGGAGAGGUCCAUGGGCCAGCUCCCCAGUCCCCCACUGCUGCCUACCCCGCCCCCCAAGGCAGGCGCCAAAGCCACAAAAAGUGUGACAGGCCAGCCCAUGCUCUUCCAAGAUGCCAGUGGGAAGAACACGGACCCGCCCGUCCGAGGACAGCUGUCCACUCCCACAGGGUCUCCGCAUCCCUCCACUGUCCACCGGCCGCUGCCCCCCAGCCGCGUCAUCGAGGAGCUGCACCGGGCACUGGCCACCAAGCACCGCCAGGACAGUUUUCAAGGGAGGGACAGUAAAGUGUCCCCGAAGAAGCGGAUGGACAUCCGCCUGUCGAGGACAUCCAGCGUUGAGCGGAGCAAGGAGCGGGAGGAGGCCUGGAGCCUGGACGGGGCCUCGGAGGGCAAGCGGGCGGCGGCCGCGGAGUCGGAGGAGAACAAGGAGAACUUGCUCGGGAGCUCGGAGCUGCAUGACGACCUGCUGCUGUACCAGGACGAGGAGGCGCUGAACGACUCUGUCAUCUCCGGAACUCUGCCCAGGAAAUGCAAGAAGGAGCUGCUGGCCGUGCGGCUGAGGAACCGGCCCAGCAAGCAGGAGCUGGAGGAGCGGAACAUCUUCCCCAGGAGGACGGACGAGGAGCGGCAGGAGAUCCGGCAGCAGAUCGAGAUGAAGCUGUCCAAACGGCUGAGCCAGAGGCCCGCCGUGGAGGAGCUGGAGAGGAGAAACAUCCUGAAGCAGAGAAACGACCAGACGGAGCAGGAGGAGCGGCGAGAGAUCAAGCAAAGGCUGACGAGAAAGCUCAAUCAGAGGCCCACGGUGGACGAGCUGCGGGACAGGAAGAUCCUGAUCCGGUUCAGUGACUACGUGGAGGUGGCGAAGGCCCAGGACUACGACCGGAGGGCGGACAAGCCCUGGACCAGACUGUCGGCCGCGGACAAGGCUGCGAUUCGGAAGGAGCUCAACGAGUACAAGAGCAACGAGAUGGAGGUGCACGCGUCCAGCAAGCAUUUGACAAGAUUCCACAGGCCAUAGAGAUUUUCUUCUGAGAAGAAUCUG